AUGGCCCUCGAUGAUUUAACUAUUAUCGACGCCGCAAAAGGCCCCGAUGUUGCAUGUCUCGGCCAUGGCGUGCCCGAGGUGAACAAAGCCGCCACCCAGCAGCUUAGCAAUGUCGGCCACCUCUUCUCGGGCGACGGUUUUUGCGAGAAUACCACGGAAGAGCUGGCCGUGCACAUUCUCGAUGGCCAUCCGGGCGGCCUGAGCAAGGCCAUCUUCCUUGGCUCCGGCAGCGAGGCAACUGAAUCCAUGAUCAAGCUGGUGACGCAGAACUGGGCCGCCAAAAGGGAGCCGCGCCGCAUCAACUUCAUUGCCCGCGAGCAGAGCUACCACGGCAACACGCUCGGCGCGCUUAGCAUCACUGGCUAUGAGGGACGCCUUAAAACUUACCAACACUAG